AUGCUACUGUUCAUAAUUUUUCUCCGUGUGAUCGGAAUGCAAUGCACCGUUAUUUACCGCACUCGAUGGCCAAAAUAUACGCAGACAAAGAAUUAUAAAGCGCCAAUUAAGCCGCUCGAUUACUGCAAUGGAAACCUUUGCCCCGGAAAUAAAAUGCAUAUAACCUGCAGCGUCCGCUUUUGGGGCCCCAAGUGCGGGGGUAGCCACGAGGGCAUAAUGAUGAACCAUUACCGAGACGAAAUACUGAGCACCGUGAACGAGAUGCGGAAGAAAGUGGAGCGGGGACUCGGCACGCUGCCGAGGGCAGUGAAGCUACCGGCCAUAACCUGGGACGAGGAGCUGUCCGUGAUCGCGAUGAGGGUCUCGAACCAGUGCCACGACCACUCCUUCGGAGCAUGCGUGAACACGUUCCGCUACGACGACGUGGGCGAGUCCACAGACUUCGCGCUCGUCAACAAUUCCUCCGAAGAGAUCACCCCAAUCGGCUUCCUCCAGAUGUGGUUCGAUCACUAUAAGGAUCUGCACGAUUACGAUGUGAAGAAGUUCCCCGCCGCAUCCUGUGGGGAUCACCUGAGGUCGUUCGGCAAUCUGAUCUUCGAGAAGAACAGAAAACUGGGCUGUGGAAUGCUGAAAUCGAAAAACAAGAGGCACUUCACCUGUCUCUUUAACAGGAAAAUCGAAGAUGGCGAUCAGCUCUACAAGAUUGUAUACGACGAUACAAGGAGGAUCGCAGGAAAGACUGUCAGCGGAAAAGGACCAACGCAACUCGGAAUGCCGCAAAAAAAAAUUAGAGGCAACUUACAUGUCGGCUCUUCAACAGGAAAGUCCCAAAAGGCAAAUAGAAUUUAAAGUCCUUUAAAUAUGAUAUUAAUUUCUCAAUAAAUAAUUUAAGUUUUGGUUGAGAACCAUUUUAUAAUGUUCUUUUCUCAACCAAAAUAUUCUAAUUCAUGUCAGUGUGCAACACAAUUGUCAUUAAUAAAGUCUUGAAAUAAA